AUGCAGGAAAGCACGACCUUCAAGUCGGAUUCGACGUCUGGCUCAGCGUCCAGUAAAUCGAGUGUCCUGUUCGAUUUGGAUGCAGGCGGCCACAAGUCUAUCCUUGUGUACAAGUAUCGUUCGGGCGCAAAGGGUCUAGAGAUCAAGACAGAGGCCGACCUUUGCAGUGAACUUGACCAAGACCCGUCAUUACCCUUCAUACGCGUCACCAAGAAGCCUAUACCGCGCGGCAACAGUCGGCUUGACAUACUCAACGAAGAUCUGCUCGCUCCGUUGGAGCGUGAAAAAUACGCAGAGAAGCCUACCCUCAAGGCUUCCGUCGCAAAUGUGGGACUGCCCACGCUCGCGAAAUGGAAGCACAUGAUACUAGGGAGUUACGAGGACCUAUACAUCGUCUCGCGGUCGCAUACGCCCUCGCCUGAGGCCAGCAAGACCAACAGUCCAGAGUCAAGUCAGCAUGUCACGCCUGCGCAUACCUUCCCUAACGAAGCGUUGCAUAGUUCGGGUGCGUAG